GCUUUCUCUAUAGACAACCCCGACUUGGUCCCCGAUGGAAACUCCCUCAUGAAGGAGGUCUACUCGUGGUUGGAGUCAGCUACAGAGGGGAGAGCCCAAUACUACUCUGCAGAGGAGCCCCCGCCGCAAACGGUGAUUCCCAAGCAAUCCCGGCAGAAGAACAGGGCUCCAGUUGGUGGGGCUUCCCCGCCGAAAAGAGUGACUACCGCAACGUUGGCCGAGCAACUAGCAGAACUUUCCAAGAGCAUCCAUGCUACAUCGUCCCAAUUGGAGACUAUGGCACAGCGGCAAGACCGGAUGGAGAACCUGCUCGCAUCCCCUGCGGCUCCGGCCCAACUUCCGGUUCCAGCGCACCAGCGCCCUUUCCAGACGGAGAAGGCCACCAGGACUCCCCUCGCCCCAGAGGUUCCAGAGAUUCCCGAAGACGAGCCACUCGCCCUUCCAUCAGAUCCAGACUUCGUGGCUGCAACUGCUCCUACUGGCAACAAUCAGCCCAUGGAUGUGACCUCGGCCAUUUUCCAACAGUCCCAAGCUCUCUCAACCCUGGUGGCACACUUGGUAAACCAGGAUGGGCUGGCCGAUUUUGCUGGAACUGGCAGCUCCUCAGCCAUCUCCCUGAAGGGGUCAGCCAAGAGAGACAAGCUCAUGAUGGACCUGGCUAUGAGGAAAGGCGACUUCUUCCUGAAGGUGUCUCAGAAUGCCUUCCGUCGCUUGAAACCCACAGAGAAGAUGCCGAGGACCUUGGAGGAGUUUGCCGGCAAACCGAUCUUUGCGAAGUAUGCGGAGAGGAGUGGUGGGUUCUCUGGCCAGAGAGAUUUCGGGUUGAUGAUGUGGCUACUAUGCCAGAUUGGAGAUGCCAUGAUCAAUGGAGACAACAAAGGAGCACAGGAGUUGCUGGCUCUAACCUUGGUGACGAUCGAGCAGGCUGCCCAAGACAAUGGCAAGUGGGAGGUUGCAUGGAUCCUAUCGCUUCAGGAGGAUCCCCCCUCCGGGCCUCUUCAUGGCAAGGCCAGCCUCGACAAAUCCGAGGCUCAGGGCUUUCUCUCCACUAUGCCCUCCAGAGUGGGCAGCAACUGCGUUGUCCUUUGUCAAGGAGGUGGAUAUCAUCAGCACCCGACGUCAGGAGGCCCUCCCAUCGAAGAAGACUCAGAAGCAAGGGGAGGAGGCCGACAAUCCCAAGAAGAAGCCACAGAGGAUUCCUACGACAUGCACCACGAUGCCUACCACUACAUCCCCUGUUCCGGAAGCGAAGACUUCUGCCGGGAUGAUGGCACUUUUGCAGAUGAUGCGGGACCAUUUGAAGAGGAACCUGCAUCAGAGAGGUGUGGCUCCAGGCAGAGAAGGAGGCUUAUGGUUGAUCGAGCUUUCCAUGUCUGCAUCAUGGCCUUGAACUUCUGGCACGCCGACUUCAAGCAUAUUCCUGUGGAGUCGAUUGCGAAGGAGCCAUCACCGGCCCAAGCCCAGGCCCUGGUCAAUUUGAAGAGGAUGUUGAGGGCAUUCGGUAGCUCCCAGGAAGAGUUCUCUGUUCCAAAGAGCGGCCGUAGACUGACAUCUUUGAUCGCGCUCCUCUCUGAUCCUUCUGAGUUUGCUACAUGGAGAGGCAUCGGAGGUAGCGCCUACUCUCGAUCCUUCCCAGGAGCACCGGAUAUCGGCAAGAAGGAGACCUACGUGCCUAGGAAUCUUUCACGCGCAGAGGAGCUUCGUCCAUAUCGAGCUCUUGACCCCGAUAGGAACUUCCUCUACCAUCGGGGCCUCCUGACUACAGAAACAGAGCUCAGAGCAGACUGCCCCUUCUACGGCUCGAACCUUGCCACAGGCCUGGUCAUCGAUGAUUACUAUGCAGUUUCGAUUGAGGAGAACAGCUGUCCUAUUUGGAAUCCUGACCAGACAUGGACUGGAAGGUCGCAGGCUGCUCAGCUGCUGCAGAAAGCAACCACUGCCUAUGAGGAGGCUGGACUUCUGGGAUCUCCUGCCAAGGACAUCCUUGAUGAACAGAAAGCUUGCAUCAUGGGCGCUGAGAUUGAUGGUAGCCAAGCUGCACGAGAGAAUGGGGUGGUCACUGUUGGUGCCCCUGUUCACAGGCGCCUCGCCCUUGCCUAUGUCUCCCUCACCCUGGCCAAGAUGCGGUACACCACUGAUGCUCUCCAUGUUUGUUUGGUUGGAGGAUGGGUGAAUGCUGUGCUAUACAGAAGACCUGCAAUGUCGCUCCUCCAAGAGGUCUACAAGAUCCCGCUGUCAGAAGUGUCCCAAGACUCACCUAAGGUGAUCCGAUUGUCAAGAGGUAUGGCUCAGGAGCUCAUCAUGCUGGCAGUGCUUUGCCCUUUCCUUGCUACUGACAUCUCUACGCACGUUCAGGAACAAUGCUAUGCCACUGACUCGUCGGAUGCGAAGGGAGCUGUGGUCUCAUGCAAGGUGCCUCGGAACAUUGCUAGAGCUUUGGUGCGCACUGGCAGGAAGAAGACGACCUACACGAAGAUGCUGGCAAAGCACGAAGCCGUGCUCAAGAAGAUCGAUAUUGAUUUUGAGGAGGCUGACAUCCCGAAUGAUGAGUUCGCAGAUGACUCCUUCACUGCUCCAGAUCGACCACGGGCCUUUCGCUGUCGAGCUUGCGCCUCCAUCUUGUCAGUGCUCUUGGAUUUCAGCUUGGGCUUGGAUUUUAUGGACUUUCAGCAUCUUGCAAGAGCCGCUGGAAGGGGAGACCUCGAGUUGCCCCAGGGGAGACCAGUCCUCCCUGAGACACAGAAGCAGCGAGACAAGCUCCUGAGCUACUUUUCGGAUUGGCUUAGGGGCCAUGGGUUUGAGCUGGAAGAAGUUUUGAUGGCAGCCACGCCUGACCUCGAGACCCUGAACACACUGGUUGAGAAGUACGGGCGUGAACUUUACAGGUCAGGUCGACCAUAUGGACACUACUCCGAGACGCUCAAUGCGAUCUCGGGAAAGAGGCCACGAGUGAGAAGACACCUCCAGCCCGCGUGGGACCUUGCCUACGCAUGGCUGCGCCAGGAACCGCCGGCGCACCAUCUGGCACUUCCUUGGCAAGCGCUCCUAUCGCUCAUCUCCACGUCAUGGACAUGGGGCUGGAGCAGGGUGGCAGGUGUCAUCGCCCUUUCAUGGGGCGGAAUCACCCGCAUUGGAGAAGUGCUGUCAGCGUGCAGGCGGGACUUAAUCCUCCCAGGAGAUGUGGAAUGGUCCAUCAACUAUGCCCUCCUGCAGAUCGCUGAGCCCAAGACGAGAUAUAGAUGCGCAAGACACCAAAUUGCAUGGCUUGAUCAGCCGCAGCUCCUGAAGGUCAUUGAAGUGGCGUUUGGUGGCCUGCUGCCCGAGCAGCGGUUGUGGCCUGCUUCAGGCCAAACCAUGAGGCACCGGUUCCAAAAGCUCCUCCAAGCAAACAAGUUGGAUACUUUGCCAGAGGGCAUCAGCCGAGGCAUUGACCUCGGAUCGCUUCGAGCAGGGGGAGCCUCUUGGUUGUUGAUGAGCUCGGAAAACUCCGAGCUCACGAGAAGAAGGGGCAGAUGGAUCACCUCCAAGGUCAUGGAGGUGUACGUGCAGGAGGCAUGGUCUGUGCAGUUUCUGCCUCGCCUUCCGCCAGAAGUCAAGAAAUUGAUUUGGAAUGGUGCCCAGAUUUUUCCUUGGGCUCUGGAUCUUGUUGUGGCUUGGCACGAAGCCAAGAUUCCGGAGUCAGCACGGCCAUGUUUGUUCCUCCAGGCCUCGAAAGACUUUGAGCUGGACCACUUGGGUGCGAAGAGUUUGGGUGGUGCAGCCGCUGCCGCGGCUGUGUGUGCAGCUCCAAAAGAACCGUGA